AUGACGGCUAGUACGGAAACUGCACCUACCACCAAGGUGAUACAGGUGACGAAUAUCGCACCACAGGCCACCAAGGAUCAAAUGCAAACGCUGUUCGGAUGUAUUGGCAAGAUCGAAGAUAUCAGGUUGUAUCCGCAGAUACGCGAUGUAUCGGUACCAGUACAGUCUCGUAUAUGUUACGUCAAGUAUUUCGAUUCGCUGUGUGUGGCCGUUGCCCAACAUCUUACCAACACGGUAUUCAUAGAUCGAGCACUUAUCGUCACUCCAUACCAAUCGUCGGUCGGUGAUAUUCCCGACGAGUACAGAGCAUUAGACAUUGCCAAUCAAGCCAAUGUCGUACCCGGAUUAUAUCCGUCAGAUCCAAAAUUGCCACCACAUGUUGUCAAUCAAAUUGAAGGUAUCCCUCCAAAUCAAGUAAUCGUCACAAACGAUCCUGUAUUAGCGUCCAACGGUUUGCCGCCAUAUCCACAAUUGCCUAUCACCUAUGAUGCAAGGCGGAUUGAAGAAAUCAGACGUACUCUGGUAGCCAUUAAUGUUGACGAAAAUGUGACAGACGAUGAGCUAAUCAAUUUUUUCCAAAAAGCUGGUGACGUCAAGUAUGUUAGAUGGUGUAGUAGAGAAAACGAUAUUACCCGUUAUGCUCUAGUAGAAUAUUCUGAACAAGCCAGUGUUAUAGCUGGAUUGAAACUUAACGGGGUAACACUCGGUACUCGUCCAGUUCAAGUGACACACGCCACUCAAGCUAUUGCUAAGCCUAUGGCUAAAAGUAAUGAAGCGGCCCAAAGAGAAAUUGAAGAAGCUAUGACGCGAGUGAAAGAAGCACAAAGCUUAAUAUCUGCAGCUAUUGAUCCUGUUAUUGGUAUUUUGUCCAAAGAUAAGAAACACAGUCAUUCUCAUCGCCGCUCUCGAUCCAGAUCACAUGGCGGUAGGAGUCGUCGGAGAUCAUCAUCUAGAUCACGUAGGGGACACUCCCGUUCACGUAGAAGACGAUCAAGAUCGCGUUCUAGACGUCGUUCCAGAUCAAGGAAAAGAUAUAGGAGUCGAGAUAGACGUUCAAGGGAAAGGAAAAGAUCGCGGUCCAGGAAAAAGUCUAGAUCCAAAGAAAGAAAACGUAAAUCUUCUAGGGAAAAACGAAGAUCAAGAUCUAAAUCUAGACGUCGCUCAAGAUCAAGAAGUCACAAAAAAGAUAAGAAAUAUUCUUCUAAAAAAAAAGAAGACAAAUCAGAAAAACGUAGAGAUAAAGACAAGAAAAAAGAAACUACACCACUUGUUGUACCUGAAGUUGAGAAAAAAAAUAAAUCAACUACGCCCGAAAAAGAAAAAUCCCGGUCAGCUACACCCCCAAGAAGUAAUUCUAGAAGUCCUAGAUCCUCUAGUAAAUCUCCAAGAAGAAGUAGUUCAUCUGGCAGAGGAAAACCAUCUGAACUGAUAAAUAGUCGUUCGUCUAGUCACAUUAGACGUUCUUUGUCUCCAAAAAGAUCUAGGACUAGAACACCGGCUCAUAAACGUGUAAGUAGAUCUCCUCGUAGAAGUCGAACACCUAAAAAACGUCCUAGUAGGAAAUCAAAUUCUUCCCAAAGGCGUACACGAAAACGUAGCGUAAGUCGCCAUAAGUCACGUUCACCUGUUGAAAAAAGGCAUAGACGUGUACGCUCACCUAAACGUAGAUCUCCAUCUCCCAGAUCACCUCCAGCUAGAAGAGUUACAAGAACACCACCAUCUAGAAGUCCAAAAUCACCUACAAGAUCUGUAUCUAGAUCACCAAUUAGGAACAAAAGAAGUGCUUCUGUCAGCCGGAAAAGAAGUGUUUCAGUCAGUAGAAAAAGAAGUACUUCAAUCAGCAGAAAAAGAAGUGCUUCAAUUAGCAGAAAAAGAAGCAAGUCUACGAGUAGAAAGAGAAGUAAGUCAACAAGCAGAAAAAGAAGUAAGUCGACAAGCAGAAAAAGAAGUAAGUCGACGAGCAGAAAAAGAAGUAAGUCAACUAGCAGGAAAAGAAGCUUAUCGGUGGAUAGAAGUAGAAGAAGUAUGUCAAUUGACCGUAAAUCAAGAUCAGAAUCCAAAAGUAGAAGUCAUACACCAGCUUCGGCAAGGAGUAGAUCUCCUGGAUGGAGAAAAAGUGAAUCUACAUCACCACCAGCAGUUCGACGAAGUACAUCUUACACACCAUAA